AUGGUGGCCGCCCUUAGCUGCCUCGUCGCAGCGGUACUCGUCGGCAAUGGUGCGUUCGGCCUGCAGCGGCUGAGCGGCAUCACGGCGAGCAAGCUCGUCGGCGGCGCUCCCGUCGACCUCGGCGCCGCGCUCGCCGGCGACAAGAAGACGUGCGUCGUGCUCGGCACCUACGCGGCCGAUUUCAACGCCAUCGAGUACUGCCAGCGGCUGCAGCACUACGCGCCGAAGCUGCGCGAGCGCGGCUACGACGACUUCAAGAUCGUGCUCAACGCCGAGCCCGCCGCGGCGCGAGCGCUCGUCGACGCGCUGGACCUCGACGAGAACUUGGAGAUCCUCUGCGACCCGAGCGGCGCCGCGGGCCGCGCCUUCGGCG